AAACGAAGAACGUCACGUGACCCCCUUCUUGUCCCCACUAAACAUAAACCUUAUCAAGCGACAAUAAAAAUCAUAUUUAGUGCUCAAAACCAUUCUGUCCGUUGGGCCUCUACACCAUAGAAAAUGUUUAAGUUUCACGACUAAGAGGUAGAAAAUAUCAAUUUGCAACAUGCGUGGUAGUACUGCUGGCCUCCCGGAUACCUUCCAAGGCAAUGGUACCACUUACUACACAUUAAUAACCGUGUUAGAUCUACUGUUUUCCGCGUUAAUCGUUUGUCCAUGCGUGGUCGGUUAUUGGAGAAGUGUGUGGACACUGAUGGACAUUUACGUGGUACCGGAAAACCAGUUGGUCAGUGCGGUGAUAUCGACGUGCGUGGGACUUUGCGGUCAUUUAUUCUUCUUGCUGUUCCAGAAAGUCUUGGAAGGGCAUUUUCAUCCGGAUAAAAAUAGAAUUCUUUAUUAUUUAGUGAGUAGACUGUAUACGGCGUGUUUUGCUUUUAUUUGCGUCAAUGGGUGGCGUGGACCGUGGGAUUUGUUAACUGUACAUACGGAAAAGGACUUUAAGAGUUUGUUUGUGACUACCUCGGUCGGAUUGGUAGCUUUGAUUUCUAUGAGGGCCUUAAGGAAUGUUUCGUCCCCGCCUUGUGUUAUUGUCAAUGAUACUGUGAAGGGGUAUUUUGAAGUUAUUACUAUGUUUAGGAUUCCUGUUUCAGGUCGAGUGUCAUUCUUCAUACUAGACUGUAUUUUCUCGGUGGUCAUUGUGGGAACACUGGUCGUCUUCAUAUGGCGAGGUCUCUGGAUCAUGGUGGACAUUUUUCUAUUUCCCGACGAUCCGGAAGCUUCCGCACAUGGGAGUUUGAUUUUGGGAUACUCCAUCAUAGCAGUGCUCUUUAUCAUGCAGCCCAUAGUAAGAAAUGUUUGUAAUAAACUUUCGGGAGCUGCACGAUUGCUAUUUGCUGACUUGUUCAUAAUCGUUUGCUUGGUUGGUACCAUUAACGUCUGGAGAGGUAUCUGGAUGUGCCUGGACAUAUACUUUUUGCCAGACAAUAAGGUUCUCAGCUGUUGGAUCACACUUACAGUUUCCCUAGUUCUUUUGAUCCUACUGGGGUGCUCCAACUCGCUAUUGGUACGUGGAGUCUACAUAGAUGCAGAAGAACCGGAUGGAAAAUGCGUGGUACUGCCCUGCUACUACCUAAGGAUCAUUUUCCAGGCGGAAAAACUGAAGAAAAUCAACAAAAAGAUGCAGAUGUACGAGAAACCGGAAAAACUGGACAAUAUUGAGAACAACCAUAUUGUCACCAUUAGUGGGAUCGUGGAUGAGGACGACUGCGGGGGGAUCGAUAAUAGGGCGAAUUCGGACAUUUUGAAAGGGCUAGAUGUACCUUAGCGAUUUUGACAAUUUGUGGAUUUUUUGUUAAUUUAGAGGAAUAACUUUUUUUCGUGCUGUUAAGGGUUAAACCUUUGGGUUCACAUGGUUUUAUGUAUAUAAAAAGAGUGUAGACUAUAAACUUGCGCGUUUUUGAGUAAUGCAUACAUUUUUUCAAAAAACACAUAUUUAUUUAUGCAUAAUUUUAAGUCAACAAGCAAUAAAAGGCCUUAAAAUCAUAAUUUAUUGUAACAAUUUUAAAAUAUUUAUUACCAUUUUUAAUUAAAUUGUUAUUACUACUUACAAGCAGGUAAUUAAAUAAAAAUAAAAUGUUACCUAAA